UUUAAAUAAUUCUAUUCACGAAUAAGAUAAAAUAUAUAUAUAAACAUAUAAGAAAAUGAGAUCCCUUUUCAGUGUUCUUGUCCUCAUCUAUAUGCUGUUCUUUAAUGAAAUUGAAACUUCUAAAACUCGUAAAAGGAUCGCUAAGUUUCAAGUUCCAGUUUCAGCAGUGCACAAAACUCACAAGUUUAAUCGACGACAAGAUGUCCGUUUGCAUCAACAAAUGCCAAGGCAUUUUUCUAAACAUAAACAUUAUGGGAGUCGUCUUGGAGGUUCUAGAUAUGAAAAUAAGCAUGCACGCGCUACUCUUCAAAAUACAGCAGCGGUCGAAGAUAUUCGCCUGUGUCAAAAGUUGAUAAGAGAUGUUCCUAAGCAUCCACAUAAUGGAGGCUUUCCCAGAUUUUCGGGAUCUGGCAGAUAAAACUAAUACAUCUAGUUCAAUAAGACAACGAUAUAUAAAACCAAUGUAAAAUUGUACGUAUAACAAUAAUGUAACACUUGUGCAUUUUUAUAUUGUUCUUUCUUGUGAUUCAGGAAAAAUAUAAUAACAGGUGCGCUUAUGACAAUCACCAGGUUUAAAUGCGUUUUUCUCAAAUCUGUGUUUUCGCGGUUUAUAUUUCAAGAUUUCCCUGGCAACUCGUUCUUCAACCAGCAGGGUGCCUUUGGAUU